AUGGAGCCCUUCACAUUCGCCAGCUCAUCAGAGCUGCAUCUUGCGGUAGCAGUGAAGGUCAACCGCCUUGAAGGGCAGGAGAAGCCACUGCCAUACUCCACCCUCCUCAAGCGCCCCGACCUCCGCCAUAGAGGUAGCAACUUGAGCCCAAACUCCGAGCUAUACGUGACGGUUCAGCCAUUCGCCGACUCGAAGCCGCUUACCGUCCACUCGCAGACGGCAUACAAGCACUUCAAGAGUGGCCGAACAUGGAACCAGUGGCUCAGUCUGCCACUCGAGUACAGUACGCUGCCAGCUAACACCCAGCUCGCUAUCACCGUCUGGGAUCUAUCGCCUAUCAACCCGAAAGGCGGGGACAGGAACCACCACAUUCCAUUUGGAGGCACGACGAUACCAUUGUUUGACGAUGAUGCAACGCUGCGGACGGGACGGCAGAAAUGCAAGAUCUGGCGGCACAAGGCUGCAGAUGGCUUCUCGGUCAGUACUACGCCCUGGCGGGAACCACGGAAGCGUGGCAGGAGAGAACAGCAGGAGGAGAUGGUUCUGGUUGAUGAGAAGCAGAGUAGGAGAGAUGCUGAGCUCGAGCGGCUGGUGGGCCUCAUGAAGCAGCAUGAAAUGGGCGACAUUACGGAGAACAAGUGGUUGGAUCAGAUGGUGUUCCGGCAGAUCGAGAAGCUCGAACGACAGCAGGUCAAGGACUCUACGCGGCCGAAGCAUACAUCUCAGACAAAGCAGAACGGAGAGACCAAGACUGAUGGCGAAGCUCCGCUAUGCGCUGAAGGCGAUCCUGACCACGUCGAUGGCAGCUUCUUCCUCUACCUCGAGUUUCCACGGUUUGACCAUCCCAUAAUAUUCACUGACCACGAAUACCCACCUCCGCCCAUCUCAGCCACUCAGACGGCAACUGCGCAGACAACAGGAGCGGUCAACUUCAAGCCACCACCAGAAGUUCAGCUGGGACCGGGCAUCCAGUCAGACUCCAACGGCGCGAGUGAUACAGAUGGCGGUACUCGACUCAUCGGCAUCUACGAUCCGGAGGUUGGCUACGCGGACAAUCCAGCAGAAGCCAAGCAUCGAAGACUCAUCCGUGGCCAGCGAAAUGCGCUCGAUCGUGACCUAAAGCCUAAUCCGAAGAUGCGUGACUUCUUGAACAAGGUCAUGUCGUAUGGCCCAACUGUCGAGCUUAACGAUAAGGAGAAGGAUGAAGUCUGGCGCUUCCGUCAUCAUCUGACUCGAGAGAAGAGAGCGUUGACGAAGCUGGUGAAAUCGGUCAACUGGAAUGAGCCGACUGAGAGUCAACAGGCUAUUGCUCUGCUGCCAAAGUGGGCAGAGAUAGAUGUCGAUGAUGCUCUGGAGCUUCUUGGACCAGGUGUACGCAACUCAACUGUGAGAGCAUACGCUGUCGACCGGCUGCGCAAAGCGGACGACGAGGAGCUACUUCUGUAUCUGUUACAGCUGGUGCAGGCGCUGAAGUUCGAGCCACAGCGAGCAAAAGAUGAGGUUGAAGACCAUAUCGAUUCAUCGCUGGCCUCCUUCCUCAUCGUCCGGUCGGCGGCAAAUCUCAAGCUUGGCAACUUCCUGCACUGGUACCUUAUGGUCGAGCUGGACGACGAAGCCACUACCAAGACCGCCGAAAAGAACAAGAAGCUCUUCGCUCGCGUGAGCUACGACUUCAUGAAAGAGCUCGAGGCCACACCAGACGGCCAGGAGCGACGAAAAGUGCUCCUCCGACAAGGCGAGUUCAUCACCGUCCUCAGCAAACUAAGCAAAGACAUCCGCAACUCCCGCGCCGACCGCAUGAAGAAGAUCGAGCACUUCAAAAAACUCCUCUCCGAUCCGAAGAACGACCUCGUCACCUUCACCCCACCCCUUCCCCUCCCUCUCGACCCCGAAGUCGAAGCCUCCGGCAUCCUCACCGACGACAGCUCCGUCUUCAAGUCCUCCCUCUUCCCCCUCUACCUCAACUUCACCACCGCAGCCGGCACCACCUACCCCCUCAUGUUCAAGACCGGCGACGACCUCCGCCAAGACCAACUCGUUGUCCAAAUCAUCGCGCUGAUGGACCGCCUCCUCCUAAACGAAAACCUCGACCUCAAACUCACACCCUACCGCAUCCUCGCCACCUCCACCCUGGCAGGCGCCAUCCAGUUCAUCCCCUCCACCCCCUUAUCUGCAAUCCUCUCCAACACCCCCAAGUACAAAAACUCCAUCCUCGGCUUCCUCCGCCACCACAAUCCCGCUACCCCCGGCUCAUCGUCCGUGCUAGGGGUGAGGAAAGACGCAAUGGACAACUACGUCAAAUCCGUCGCCGGCUACUGCGUCAUCACCUACCUCCUCGGGGUCGGGGACCGCCAUCUCGAUAACUUGCUGCUCUCGCCCGAAGGAAGGUUCUUCCACAUCGAUUUCGGAUAUAUUCUCGGCCGGGACCCGAAGCCGAUGGCCCCGCUGAUGAAGUUGAGUCGGGAGAUGAUUGAGGGGAUGGGCGGGGAUACGGGGGAAGGGCAGUUUGCGGUGUUUAAACAGUAUUGUUUUACUGCUUUCUCUACACUGCGGCGGUCAUCGUCGCUGAUACUGAACCUGUUCGCGCUUAUGCAAGAUGCCAGCAUACCAGGUUUGAAAGGUUUCGAUGCCGACGGCGGCCCCAGUGGGACAGGGGCUGUGGGUUUGGGACCGGUGAGGAAGGUGGAGGAGCGGUUUAAGUUGGAGAUGGGGGAGGAGGAGGCGCUGGGGUUUCUGGGGCAGUUGAUUGAGAGGGAGGUGGGGGCUUGGGGGGGUGUUUUGAUUGAUAAGUUGCAUGGGUUUACUCAGGGGUGGCGGACUUGA